AACUGAGAGCCCAAAUAGGGUGCCAAGCAGAGCAACACCUUUCUCUCAGAGUGACACUGGCCCUCAAACAGGAGAGAGGUUCAGAGAAACCACUGAGGUCUGAAUUACAGACAAGACUCAUAACUGCAGAGAUCCUGAAGACCUGCACACAGAGGUAGCACAGCCCUUCAGAAGCUACAGAAGAUACUUAAAUGUUUCCCAGAAGACAAAAUAAGAUAAAUAUACCCUGAUCUUCAUAUUCAAAAAGUUUUCACCCCCAGCUUUUAAUGCAUUGUGUUUCCUUCUGGAGCAUCAGUAUGGAGAGCUUUGACUCAACUACACUUUUCGGUUUCACUAAUGAUUAUGAUCUCAAUUACACCGAUAUUGAUUCAGUAACCGAUCCCAACGUUACUGAUGUUGCGGAGCUGUGCGUAGCCAGCAAAGAGCAGGAGCGAACCAUUACUGCUGUCCAGACCACAGUCUUCCUCGUCGUCUUCUUCUUAGGCGUAAUUGGAAACGGGCUGGUCAUUGCCACCUUCGCUCUGUACCGUCGUCUACGUCUACGCUGCAUGACCGACGUCUUCCUGUUCUACCUGGCUCUGUCCGACAUGCUGCUUCUGCUGACUCUUCCAUUACAGACGGGAGAGAUGCUAAUUGGCAGUUGGAUAUUCGGAGAGGCGCUGUGCAAGCUAAACAGCAGUAUGUACGCCAUCAACACCUACGGCGGCCUGCUGUUGUUGGCGUGCAUUAGUGUCGAUCGCUAUUUAGUGGUGGUUCGCACCAGGGCCGUUCGGAAGAAGAAUUCUGGGACGCUGUUUUACAGCACACUGUCUGCGUUUGGUGUCGCACUAACUUCUAUUAUCCUGAGCCUGCCAGACCUGCGAUUCAGCUCCUUGGAGAAAGACAUGGGUUCAGAAGAUCUCUUGUGUGUUAUGAAAGUUUGGGGCGAUGAAGUGAGCAAAUGGAAGCUGUGGGCCCAGAUGGCAAAGAUUGCUGGAUUCUGCAUCCCUUGUGUGGCGAUGGUGGUGUGUUACAGCGCGAUCGGACGCGUCUUGAUCCGUGCCGGUGGCAACUGUUGGCGAAGGCAGAGGACCUUACGUCUGAUGGCACUUCUGGUGAUCCUUUUCCUCCUGUUCCAGCUUCCUUACACUGUGGUGCUUCUGAUUAAAAUAUUCACACCCACUCCACAACACUGCGAAGACUGGACCAAGUUCCAGCUUCUGGAAAACAUAACACGCAAUCUGGCCUAUGUGAGGUGCUGCCUAAACCCUUUGCUCUACGCACUCGUUGGCGUCAGAUUCCGAAAUGACAUUAUCAGGCUGUUGACCGACACCGGAUGCGUGUGCACAUGGGUGUCCCACAUAACACCACAGCAUGAGAACGGAAGCUCUGUUACACCAUCGUCUCCGGCUGCAACCAUACUUACACCCCUCCCAUCUACUUACCUGUCUGGCAAAAAAACAUCUGCCCUGGACACACCUACUGCAAACACAGCUGAAACAUUCAUUUUUCCAACACCUAAAUCCAGUAAAAAGACUUCAGUUAUAAGCUGGUGUCAUCAUUAA